UAGUCGCCUGAGAACAAGCUUUCUAAAAGUCCGAUUCCCAUGUGAAUGGAACGGAAUUAUUGUUGCUCAAACGAUCCGUGUUUAUAAAACGUGUUGAAAUGUUCUCGUCCGGAUUUUUUGCUUUGUUAUUAAGUGUCGUCGUGUGCCGUGGCAUAGACCAAGUCCAAGGUAAACUCUUCGCGGAGGAAGUGCCGGGACACCCAGGUGGAGUCCAAGUGCUGCCCAGCUUCUGCCGAAAUGCAUUAAAUAGCAGCAGCAGCGCCGGGCCAGAGAUUCAGCUGCCCUUCGUCGACAUGGUGGUGCGCCACGAGAUGCCGAUUUUUGUGCUGCGCGAGCCGGAGGCAGAUCUGCUGCUCCUCCUGCAUGGACCGGAGAUCCAUCAGCUCCACGUGGCCACCGGCAAGCGGCGUCUGGUGCCGCUGGGCUUUCUGGCGGGACGGGUGAGAGAGCGGCCAGCUCUCGGUGCUGAGAUUGUAGCCUGGCGACAGUUUCUUCUACUGGCCCUCGUCCUGGAGGACUCUCUGGAGGUAUACCAACUGCCCAGGGAUCUGCUCCUCUCCGAAGAUCCCUCGACUCAAUUGAACUUUGAGCCCCUGCAAGAGUUCUCGCUGCCCGGCGGAUUCCUGCAGCUGCAUCUCCUCAAGCCCAGUGCGGAGCAGGUCCUCCUGCUGGUGGCCUCCAAUCACACCAGAACGCAUAGCAAGUGCAGAACCUUCGAAUGGCUGGACACGUACUUUAAUCCCCUCGAGGAGAUCACCCUGCCGUCCAUCCGCGUCCUUCAGGUGGUGGGUCGCCAGCCCAUAUAUCUCAUAUUUGGUCGAUUUCUGCGAGGAUCUUCGGCCCGGCUGGUACUCACCGUUUAUGAACUAGACAGGAUCACGCUGCGUCUGCAGCAACGCCAGGCCCUGACUGUCCAGGCCCAGACUGUCCAUGCCUUUAGGUUCCGCAGCCGGAACCGUCUCCUUGCCUGUAGUGCAUCCGCUUCAGAUCCUUGCCUGUUCUUUCGCAUGAUCGAUGGCCAGUUUGUGGUUAAUCGCAAGCAUGCUCGUCGCGAUCUCAACUUCCGACGGAUGACGGCCACCAAGGGGGGUCAGCUUCUGGUCGGAGCUCGGGCCAAUGGAGAGGUUAUUGUUUUUGGAUCCGCACGCCUGGAUUGCUACUCCGGCUUUGCCAUGACCGGCAACCCGGAUCCUAGUGGACUGCUUAGUCAUAGGAAUGCAAAGAACGAAAGUUUUUUGCUGCUCGCCUACCGUCUACCCUCGAGUGCCGUACUCCGUACUGUUCAGCUGGGAAGUGUGGAGUAUGAGGAGACCGUCAAUCAAGUAGGAGCCACCCAGGAUGAAGAUCUCACUGUGGUCCAGCUGCAUCGUCAUGAGUUCGAAGAGUCCAUCAAUGGCCUCCGCGGUCUGCUCCUGCGGCGUCGUUCCUCAUUGGCAGCUCUACUCAACGGGGUGCACAUCCUCCAGAAACAAGGUACUAUUCAACUAACUCAGGAUCUUCAUCUACGCGAAGGAGGACACAUUGGACGUCUCCAACUGGAGGGGGAACACCUGCGCACGCCCUCGCAGCUGAAGCAACGUCUGGAGGAACUGCGUCAGAAAUAUGAGACGUCGAGGCAGACCAGGAGAAUGAUCCGUUCCUUUGGGGCGGAAAACGACAAUGAAGCAAAUGAAACCCUCAAGGUGAAGCGUCUCCGUGUGGGAAAUCUCAUCUACGGAGGACUCCUUAUGCCAGGAUACAUCCUGGACACCACCUCUAGCUCAUCUCACCUUUUGACCAUCAGAGAUGGUCGUGUGAUGGCAAAGACUCUGCAAACGGAGCACCUGAUGACCCCUAGAGACUACCAGAACUCCAGUGAAUCUCAGACACUGCCACCAGAGGCGGAGAAUCCUCCGCCUGGUACUGACUGUGUAGUGCGUCGCCUGCAAGUGGAACUGAUCAAUGGAAUGUCGUGGAACGACUUUCUCGACUCACUCUUUCUGCGCAGCCGCGACACCCGCCUUGAGGGUCGCCUUGUCCUGCAGUCCAGGACGAAAGUGGAUGCCUUGCAAACGACCCUGCUCAAUGGAUUAGUGGUAGAUCAGUUGUUCAACCUGCGACGUGCCCAGGUCAUCAGCUCCAACAUCUACAUGUCCGCCUUCUUUGCGCCGCGCCUGGAAGCCCAGAGUGUGAAUGGGCUGAACUUUGCCCAGGAUAUAGUGUUUCGAGGCACAGACAAUGAGACCUGGGUGAAAACUCCUGUGCGCAUCAACCAGAUGAGCGUUUCCGGUGACCUGCAGGUGGCGAAUCGAACGAAAAGGCAGCUGGAUCCGGAUAAGGAGCAGCGUCUCCAGCAGUAUUAUACAGGCAGGAUCACCAUCCGUGGCUCCCUGACGGUCAGGAGUGUGCAGCGGGACACGGAGAACUCUCUAGUGAUGCUGGGGAAUCAGUCGCUUGCCCGGAGUGAUCUCCAUGCUCGUUAUCUGCUCAACCAAGCGUCACAGGACAUCUCGAACAUAACCUUUGGUUACGCCAAGGUUAGUACACCUUCACUGAAUACCAGUUUCCUUGGAGGACAUCCUGUGCAAGAUCACCUGCUCAGCGGUGGUCAACCAAAUUUGAGGCAAAGCUCAAACCAAAGUCUGCACAUCAUCUUCAUGAACGCCAGUGUCCAGGGUGACAUCCUGUGCCGGGACUACAGCUCUCGUUUGGCCGAACUCUCCAGGGAGGCAGUGCGUCAUGGCCAGGAGACCAAUAUUACAGGACACAAACGUUUCCAGGCGCCUGUCACAGUCCAAGCUCUUCAGACUCAGCAAAUAAACGGAAUGCCGGUAAGUGAACUGGUCCUUCGAUCAAAUCCCGUACUGAGUUUCCAGGGAACCAAGCGCUUUGCCCGCCUGGUGAUAGAAGAUGAGUUGCGUGUUCAGGGGCAUCUGAAUGUGAGCCGCCUAAAUGGACUUUCACUGGAGCAGCUCCUGGGCCAUGAUCUCAGCUUGAAGCGCUUGGAGCUGACGGAUACUCCACACCUGAAAAUGCUGAACUUCCGUCGCCUCAAUGGCCUGCCCUUCGAUGACCUGCUGUCCAAGAUUUCCGAGGGCGAUGAGCACUCGCUGCUCCUCCUCCGCAAGCAGCUGCUCAUCGAGGGCAGUGUACGCUUCGAGAAGCCCCUUCAGGUGCAGACCAUCAAUGGCAUUCCGUGGAAUGAGUACCUAGGAAAGUUAGUCAGGCCCGAUGCCAAUGCAGAGUUGAGUGGCAGGAAGAGCUUCCUUGCGGGAGUCCAGCUAAGCGAUGCCCUGCACACGCCUCACAUUAAUAAUCUCGACCUGAGCUCUCUGCUGGACAACACUCUGCUCCGGAUGACGCCCCAGGAGAUAGGCGGUGCCUAUAGCUUUGGACGGAUGGUGGCAACCAAUGUGGAUGUACCCCAGGUGAAUGGAGUACCAAGGAACGAAUUCAUUGACACUCGUAAGGAUGUGCAGCUAAAGGGAGAUUUCUACGUGAAACAGCUGACCAUCAAUGGCAGCUUGAAGUGCCCUUCGGUGGAGGGUGAACCUGGAUUUGGUUUGGACAAUCUGGAGCAGCGGGUUGAGCUGGUGAAGCAACUUCCCUGGCGGAAUCUGAUAGUCACCGGCGAUGCCCUGUGGGAUGUCGAUGUCGAGGAGCAAUCCCAACUGGAUUACUUGCGCCAGCAUGCAGUUCGAAGAGAGGGCAACCAGAGCAUCACAGGACAUGUGCUCCUCCGAGCACCUCACCUGAAGAGACUCCACAGCAAGCAAUCUCUGCCCGCAGAUCUCAACUUUUCGGACGUGGCUGAGGAUGCACUGCUCCGUUGGACGGGUAGCAACGAAAGCCAAGUGAUAACGGCCAACCACGAGUUACUGGGACCUGUGAGAGCCGGAACCGUCCACCUGGUGAAGGAUGCGCAUUUUGGACAGAUGAAUGGCAUCGAUAUCGAGCGACUGAAUGCCUCACUCUAUCGCCUGUCUAGUGGCGAAGCCAUUGCAGCCAAUCUACACUUUCUUCAAGCACCAACAAUUGGACGACUUCAGCUGGAGAAGCCAGAGGUGAAUGGAGCUCCAGUUGGGGAGAUUUUCCAGCAGGGCGCAGGUCAAUCCUGGCCCAGGGUUAGAUUUAGACAACUCCAUGUUGAGCAAUCCCUCAGCCUGGGCUCUGUGAACGGAAUGAGUAUGGACUACUUCUUUCAGCAUCGCAUUCCUCUGAAGGGAGCCGCUUUGGAGGUGUUCGGCUCCCUGACCUUUGAGCAACUGCAGCUGGGCAAGCCACUAUUGCGGACCAUCAAUGGCAUUCCAUUGGAUAACCUCGUCCUCAAGCACAGCCGCCAGGUGCAGAGCAUCUCAGGUGCGAAGACCUUCCACGGAGGAGUACAGUUCACGGGGCCUGGUCAUGUGAUUAACCUGAAUGGUCGUGAUCUUAGCGAGAGUUACCGUGGCAGCAUCUUCCGGGACAGGGACUACAAUAUCGAUAGCCUGGUGCUGGACAGGGCACUCUUUUCCGGAGGACUCGUUCAGCCACAACAAACUCCCAUUCCCAAUUCCAGAGCAAUGGAAGGAAGGCAGGAAUCAAAUCCACUGAAAGAAUUGCAGGAACUCCUGACAGUUGGCAACCAGAGCUCACUUAAUCGACGUCUCCUCUACCUGGAUCACGAUUCCGAGACCCUAAAAGCCAAAUGGGUGAAGCCACCACUAAAAGGCCCCGCUGACUUCCAGGUGAGCCUGCCGCUGGGUCAAACGGCUCCCUGCCAGCGUCACGAGUUGAGGGCCCAGCUCCGGCUGUCCGAGAGCCGUGUGUUUCUGCUCAAUGCCACCACCAGUGCCUCCUCCAGCCAGCUGACACGCAUCAGCUCCGGUGAUAUCAAGAUAAAGGUCCAGAAUCACUGCCAUCGUCCUGCCAGGAGACUACGCAGCAGGAUCAGCAUCAGUUGCCGCAACGAAUCCCACACCCUGGCCAUGCGUCAGCCAGUGGAGGCCAUGCAUUUGCUGGAACAGGACCAGGAACAGGCACUCCUACUCCUUGGCACCGAGGAGGAAGUCCGAAUCCUGCGGCUCAACCGAACCAAUUGCAGUUUAACCGACUGGCAAUCUGUGACACCCGCUGAUGGUCGCCUGAUGAAGGUGCUCCGUAUGAAAGGAGAAGGAGAAGAGGAGGACCUCCUACUGACCAGCGGCAUGCAAGACCACCGUCCCGUAUUGGCCAUCCAUGCAAGGGAUCCCUUGGACCAACGCUUCAAGUUGCUACAGCUUAUACCAGGUUCCUACGAUUUGGCUGAAUUGCAGGAGGAUCAGCUCCUGCUCGCCUGUCCAGGUUGCCGGCACAUUGCCAUCUUCAGUCGACCCAAAGCUAGAGGCGUUCCCUUUGAGCCACGCCAGCAGUUGAGUUUCGAGAAGCGCAUCCAGCAGUUGACACCAUUCCGAGUGGGCGAGGAGCAGUAUCUUCUAGUGGUCAUGCAGCCGGAAUCGGAGCACUUUUACCUGUUCAAAUAUGGCCAGGUGGAUGGCUGGCAGCAGCGCAGUUUUGGCCACAAGAAGCAGCAACAAUGGGCAUUUCCUUUGGUAAAAUCUGACCAGAGAUUGGAGUUAGAGGAGACACCGCUUCUGCUGCUCUGCGAUGGAGUGAAGGAGUGCAGCCUGGUAAAGGCUCUGCUGGGUUGAGGGAUCAAGUGUUCCUUUUUGUACAUUAUUAUGUUAUUAUUUGUAUUUAGUGUAUAUAUAUAU